CGAAUCGCACCUUCUGACCCGCAAACAUAUUUCUAAGCCUCAUCUUCAACCUCUGUUUCUGCUCUUAAACCCUAGAAAAAUCGCAGGCCAACACAGAGUGGGAGCACAAUGGCGAAGUCUAUGAGAUCAAAGAGGGAGAAGAGGCUGAGAGCCAUCAGAAGAGAGAUUGUGUCUGCGGAUCCUAUCACCCAAAAGAAAGAGGACGCCAAGCUCGCUGCCCAAGAGGCUGCCCUUGCUGCCCCUAAGGUUCCCGUGCGCUCCCCAUCCACCACCAAUAGAACCACGGCUAUGGCUAUAGAAUCGGCUCCAACCACCUCUAACGACAAGGAUAACAAUAUGGAUGUUGAGAUGGCUGACGACAACCAACUUACGAAAUCUUUGAAACCAAUUGGAAGGAAGAUGAAAAAGAAGAUGAAGUUGGCUAAAAAGAAUGGCAAGGGCAAGGGAAAGGGCAAGAUUAGGAAGAGACAUGUGUGAACCCCCUCAAUUGUGUGAACUUCAAUUUUGAUGCUUGUUCCUAUACAAGCAUCUUGUGCUAUGGCCUUUCUUGACUUCACUAUUAUUAGGAGGUUUUUUUUUUUUUUUUUUUUU